AUGUGCGCCCAUCCCAAUCCGACAGAUCGAGCUGGUGGCCUGAUCUACCAGCGCGAGUUCCAAGCCGGCCUACGCAAGCUCUCCACAAACGAUUAUCUGGUCCUCGCCGGUACCUUUCACGGUGUCCACGCCAUCACUCGCUCCAUCACCCCCAAGCUCCCUCUUGCCCCGUCAACCUCUCCGGUCGCCUCCUCCCCCGGCACCACCGCCCCUGCGACGUCAGGAUACAGCUAUCCCAACCCGGGCGUUCCCGCCACCGGCCUGGAAUUCCUCGAGACAGAUAAAUUCCACCUAACGUGCUUUCAGACUCUGACGGGGACAAAAUUCCUGCUCUUUACCGAUCCGCUGACUGGCAACGUGGAUACGAUCAUGAACAAGAUUUACGAGCUGUAUGCGGACUACGUGAUGAAGAACCCCUUCUACCAGCUGGAGAUGCCGGUGCGAUGCGAGGCCUUCGAUAGGCAUCUGGGCGCAUGGUUAAGAGGACGAACAUAA